AUGACCAUCUCUGUAAACCCAACGCCCUCGCUCUGGGCCAUCGCGUUAUCCUCUCUCUCGGAGAAGGACCGGCGGGUUCUAAAGAUCCCCAAUACAUCAUCACCGGCUACCAAGCAAAUCUUGACCGAAAUACUGGCAGCUCUCGAAACCCAACGCGACCGGUGUAAAAGAGACAAAUGGACCACUAUCAGCAUCGGGGGCAGAGAGCUCGUCAUUCGCGAUGUAUGCGCUAAAAUUGCUGCCCACGUCAAGAAAUUUAUGCAGGUGGUGGACGCGGCUGUCCAACUUGAUCCUGUCCACGCUGCACUGCCAUGGGCGGGUGUGUGCUUCCUGCUGCAGUUGACAUUCACGGCAUUCGAGACCUUUGGCGCCAUCGUCGAGGGCCUCGAAAAAGCAACCCGACUGAUAGCCCGAUGCGGGAUUAUUGAGGCCCUGGUCAUCCGGCAUAGUAGUGGAACGACUGGUGCGAAAAUGGGGUUAGAAGAGGAGCUGGUGAAGCUGUAUUCGGCGGUCCUGGGAUUCCUUUGCAAGGCUAAGAAACAUUAUGAUGGGUCUCGCAUGAGUGGGUGUAAUCAUUCCUCACUCCAAGAAUCGGUCAAAGAAAUGGAGGCUGCGGAGCAGAAGGUACUAGUUAUGAAGGGUCUAGUUGACAGCGAACGGAUCCAAAAGAUCGAUCAUAGCAUUUCGACAAUGCUCUUUGCUGUGACCUCUGUCGCAAACGGUGUCGACAAUAUGCAGACACGACUGGAUGAAGCACUGACUGAUCUCGAUAAACCUAUAGUUAGGUUUGCGGAUGAGAUGUCCGAUCUGCAUAUUGCGCUCAAAGGUACCAUGGCUACGAAACCAUAUGAUUUACCGGAACUGACGCCAAGCAGAAAACGAGAGGAGCGAGCUCCUACAGUGGCUUUCUACUGUCUCCGUACAACAACACUACAGGGAAACAUUGGCAUCUGUUCUCCCGGGUUCCGGGGAGUGGCUUUUAAAGCAGCCAUGCUUCGUGAAUUGGAAGGAUUCGAGUAG